AGCGAAAGGACAACAGGUUUCAGAUACUCAGGUAAAAAUGGCUUCUUUUCAUGAUGUAAGAGAGCUUCGGGGUAACCAGGGUGGGGAAGAUGAAGUGGAUGUUAUAUCAGUGGAGCCCAUCGCCAUGAUAGUGCCACCGGAGUUGCAGGAUUUGCCCGGAACCAUUACAUCGGAGAGUAGUGCUAGUUCGAGCGCAGGUGGUGGUUUUGGUGACCACCGUUCUUCAACUUCCAGCGAUUCAUCCGUUGAAGAGACACCUAGUGAAGUGGGGGGCGUUGAAGAGGGUGGUUGUAGUGCGUCGGUGAUAAGAUUUUUGAGUUAUUCCCGGCUGAUGCACCAAAUCUGUUGACGAUCACUUAAGAUUUUUUCAAAAUAAAUUGAAAAUCAAGUG